GCCCCCACCCCCGCCCAGCUCGGAGCCUCGGGGUUUGGACUACAAGGAACCAGAGGACCAUGACCUUUCCUGGUCCGCUACUGCCUUCCAAAGUUGUGCUCCCUUCUGGCCCCCGAGAGAGCAGAGGUUGCCCACUCAUCCCUCGCUAGCCUCCCCGGAGGCCGCUGAGCCCCGGGUGGGGGAAGCCCCAGAAGAAGCUGAGGACGGGACCUGUGCCGGGGUUUCUUCCCACCCAGGGAGGCUGCCCAAGGCCUCUGUAGGAGCCGAAGAGGUGGGGAGGGGACUGGACAGCGGAGUUGGGUCUCUGCCUGAGGCGAGAGGGCGCGCUCAGUCCCCGCCCUACAAACUCAGCCCAACUUCUCCAGCCCGAGAUCCCCCAAAGUGAGCGAAUACGAGGGCGGGGUGAAAAGGGAUGGGAAACCGAGCCUGAGAAGCGGCAAGAGGGUGCAUGGUACCGGGGCGCUGAGUGUCGUUGGCGCAAACGUGAAUCCCGGGGGCGCGUCCGGGAGGGUGCUGCCAAUGUUGCGGCCGACUAGGCUGCUGUUGCUGCUGCUCAUUAUGGCGGCUCCCGCUGUGGGCAAGAGUCAUAAAAGAUCAUGUGGAAAGCUUUCAAAAAGAUCUUCAGUUCCUUGGGAAAAAAAGAUUUAUAAUAAACUCAGAAGGCCUUGUGCUGUACAAACAGCCUAUGACUUGGGGACAAAUAACCCACAGGCUCCUAAGUAUCUUCCUGAAGAGACAAUCCCAUAUGAAGCAUGCUCCUUGUUUUGUACCAACUCAUCCAAGAUGAAUAAUGUCAUAUCUGAAUUCCCUUUCACGUAUCAAGGAAAAGGUUGUGCCUGUACGGCCAAGGGCCCAUGCUUCUGUGAUGGCUUCAAAGGCAAUAAGGGUGAGAAAGGCUUUCCUGGUUGCCCUGGUACUCCCGGCCAGAAAGGACUGCCUGGUCCAGAAGGUAUACCUGGACCUCAGGGACCCAAGGGCUCUCCAGGGUUUCCAGGCUUUAUUGGUUCCAAAGGCACAAGGGGAAUGACAGGAUUGCCAGGUUUUCCAGGUCCUCCAGGACUUCCUGGUAUUCCUGGGAAUAUUGGUCCUUACGGACCUCCUGGCUUACCAGGAUGCAAUGGCACAAAGGGUGAGCAAGGAUUUCCAGGACCUCCAGGGACACCAGGUCAGCCAGGGUUACCGGGUACCAAUGGAUUAAAAGGAGAAAAAGGAGCCCCCGCCCGUGAAGAAGGUACAGGAAAUGGUGGAAGAGGUGACCCUGGGUUACCAGGAAUCCCAGGACGUCAGGGUUUGCCUGGCCCCCCAGGAUUUCCUGGACCAGCUGGACCACAAGGGCCUCCAGGAUUCUUAGGUUUUCCAGGAGAGAUGGGACCUCCAGGACCAAAGGGUCACAUGGGUUUUAAAGGGAUUGGAGAAAAAGGAGAUCAGGGUGUGAAAGGGUUAGCAGGACCCCCUGGACCACCAGGAGCAGUUAUUGUGACACUGACUGGACCAGAUAAUCUAACGGACUAUAAAGGGGAUAAAGGAGACAAAGGAUCAGUGGGUGAGCCAGGACCCCCAGGACCAAAGGGGCUACCUGGAGAAUCUUAUGGAUCUGAAAAAGGCAUUCCUGGAGACCCUGGUCCUCAGGGACAACCUGGAAAAGAUGGUGCCCCUGGUUUCCCUGGCCUUCCAGGAGCUAAGGGUGAAAAGGGUUUGCCUGGAUUAACUGGCAAAACUGGUGUUAAGGGAUUUAAAGGAGACACUGGCCCACCAGGAUUCCGUGGCCCAACAGAAUACUACAAUGGAUACCUGGAGAAAGGCAGCGAUGGCACUCCUGGCCCUCCAGGACCCAAAGGAGAACGUGGUCCACAUGGACCCAGAGGUCCACCAGGAGAUGUUGGUAGACCCGGGGCAUCAAGACCUGGUCUUAGGGGUACUCCAGGAUACCCAGGAAUCAAAGGACGUAAAGGAGAGAGAGGACCACCUGGCAUAAACAUAAUGGGGCCUCCUGGACUUCCUGGAUUCCCAGGCAAACGAGGCUACAAGGGGUUACCUGGUCUUCCAGGACCACCAGGUAAAGUAACUUUUCGGAACGGUCCUCCAGGAGACCAUGGAGAUCCAGGCCAUGUGGGGUCUCCAGGCAUGCCUGGAGCCUAUGGGCCCAAAGGAGAAACAGGACUGCUGUGUACCCAAUGCACUUAUACUCCGGGACCCCCAGGUCUGCCAGGUUUGCCUGGGUUAGAUGGUGAAAAAGGAACUCAAGGGGGGCAAGGACCUGAUGGUUUAAAGGGAAGCCCAGGAUCUCCAGGAUAUACGGGUCUACCAGGCUUUCCAGGAUACCCAGGUACUCCUGGUGAUCAGGGACAAAAAGGAGAAAAGGGUGAAACAUCACAUGAAGGAGAAGUAGGAGAUCGAGGGGAUCCGGGGAACAGAGGAGACCCUGGAGAAAAGGGCUCAGCUGGAAUUCCUGGAAAACCUGGCACAAAAGGAUUACCAGGCACAAAAGGAGAACCGGCUGUGAAUGGUGAAAAAGGGGAUAAAGGUUUUCCAGGAAAUCCUGGUGACCCUGGGCACCCAGGACCCAUGGGGCCAACUGGAGCAUCCAACUAUGGACCACCAGGAAAAGCUGGACCAAAGGGAGCUACAGGAGUGCCUGGAUUUCCUGGAUCACCUGGAAAUGACGGUCCUAAAGGAGAACCAGGCAUAGCAGAGCCAGUACCUGGCCCUCCAGGACCUCCCGGGUUACCAGGGCUACCUGGCCUCCAAGGCACAACUGGAAAACCAGGGUCCAUGGGACCAAGUGGUAACCCAGGUCCUCCUGGGUCUGAUGGUGAAGCAGGAUUCCCAGGAAUUGGAGUUCCUGGACCUGCUGGACAUAAGGGAGACAGAGGUUUUUCAGGAGCCAAAGGAUCACCAGGUUGUCCAGGAGAAAUGGGGAAACCUGGGUCACCUGGAAUAUCAGGGAUCCCAGGAGCAAAGGGAGACCCAGGUACAGCAAUGCCUGGAAAACCAGGAAGCACUGGUUUUCAAGGAGAAAAAGGAAGUUCAGGAGAAGAUGGAGAACACGGUCUCCCUGGACUUCCAGGCCUUCCAGGAUCCCCGGGAAAUGACGGACCUAAUGGGCCACCAGGAGAGCCUGGCUUUCCUGGACUGCCAGGAUUUAAUGGGAUUCCAGGGAUCUGCAUACCAGGUGCAAGGGGAACCCAGGGACUUCCAGGUUUAAAUGGACUAAAAGGACCACAAGGAGACAAAGGCUUGGAUGGUCCUAAAGGAGACCCAGGGAUACCAGGCUUAGACAGGUCAGGAUCCCCAGGUGAACCUGGGCCACCAGGACUGCCAGGUCAACAAGGAGAUAAAGGACUAGUAGGUCCAGCAGGACAUCCAGGAGCUCCAGGACACCCAGGUCUACCAGGCCAAAAGGGAGAAGUUGGCAUGAUGGGUUAUCCUGGAACAACUGGACCUCCUGGGAUGCCUGGGAACCCAGGCACCCCAGGACACAAGGGUAGCUUUGGAAUUCCAGGAAGAAAGGGGAAGAAAGGGCUUCCUGGAGCAAAGGGAGAAAGGGGAAAUAAAGGAAACCAAGGACCAUCAAUGGUAUCAGCUUAUGUAGGAGAGAAAGGUGAACCAGGACCAGGAGGACCUUUGGGAGGCCUUGGCCAGAAAGGAGAGAGAGGUACUCCGGGUCUACCAGGACUACAAGGUCAUGAUGGAAUACCUGGAAGACCAGGGCUACCAGGACUCAGAGGAGACCCUGGCACCAUGGGUCACCCUGGAGAACCAGGACUACCUGGAGGACCUGGAAGCAUGGGGCACAUGGGAAUGCCAGGCCCAAAGGGGAAAAAAGGAACUGCAGGCCACCCAGGUGUAACUGGCCGACCGGGCCUCCCUGGAAUUCAGGGCAUGAAGGGAGAAAAAGGAGAACCAGGCUACACAAAGGAUGCACAGCCAGGACCUCCAGGGCCAACGGGAGAACCAGGACCCCCAGGUUCCUUAGGUAAGAAAGGAAGAAGAGGCUCAGCAGGCCCACCAGGCCCCGGAGGACCUGCUGGAACUGAAGGAAACCAGGGAAGUUCUGGAAACCGUGGUCCUCCAGGACAGCCUGGACCUGCUGGUGAUUUGGGAUUUAAAGGAUGCAAAGGUUUCCCUGGUACUCCAGGAAUGAAAGGACCUCCAGGCCCUCCAGGAGCCCCAGGACCUCCUGGACCAAUGGGUGAAAAAGGUAAACAAGGUGGGGAUGCAUUUCCUGGUCCAGUGGGAGAAAAAGGAGAACUAGGUCUGCUAGGGGCACUUCCAGGUCCAAGAGGUCUUCCUGGUUUAGAAGGAGACCAAGGAAAUGAAGGAAGGCCAGGGUUACCUGGCAUCUAUGGUAUAAAAGGUGUGAUGGGAGAUGUGGGACCAACAGGCCCCAUCGGCAUGACUGGACCACCAGGGCCACCAGGUUUUCCUGGUGCACUAAUUACAGGCCAAAAAGGAAAUCAAGGUCCUCCAGGCUUGAGAGGAAAUCCAGGUGAUCCUGGCCCCCCAGGCCCACCUUGUGAAUACAUAUCAGGAAGAAAAGGAGAAAAAGGCUUCCCUGGAGACCAAGGUCUAACAGGUCUACCAGGAACCAUAGGAGACCCUGGGCCUCCCGGGCAUCUGGGAAUGCCAGGCACCCCAGGUUUUCCAGGUUUUCGAGGUGAUCCUGGAUUUCAAGGAUUUCCUGGCAUGACAGGAGAAAAGGGCAACCUAGGACCUCCAGGACCAUUUGGGCCUCCAGGGUCAAUUGGGCCAAAAGGACCUCCUGGUCAACCUGGAGACCCUGGAACAAUUAAAAUUAUAUCCCUGCCAGGGAGCCCAGGGCCUCCUGGUCAACCUGGAGACCCAGGAAUGCAGGGAGAACCAGGACCACAAGGACCAGUAGGAUACCCAGGACUGCAAGGACCAAAAGGUCAACCAGGGAAACCAGGGAAACCAGGAAUUCCUGGGCCAGUUGGAGAAAAAGGCAGUAAAGGCUCUAAAGGAGAAAUCGGACCACCUGGAUCAGUUGGAUUGCCUGGAUCAAAAGGAAAACCUGGAAACUUUGGACCACCUGCAACUGGGCCGUCUAUCAGAGGCUUUAUCUUCACCCGUCACAGCCAAUCAACAGAGAUUCCUUCAUGCCCCAGAGGAACGGUGCCCCUUUAUCGGGGUUAUUCUCUUCUCUAUGUGCAGGGAAAUGAACGAGCUUAUGGACAAGACCUUGGAACUCUAGGUAGCUGCCUGCAACGUUUUACCACAAUGCCAUUCUUGUUCUGUGAUACCAAUGAUGUGUGCAAUUUUGCUUCCCGAAAUGACUAUUCGUACUGGCUGUCAACAACAGCACAGAUGCCAGUGAACAUGGCUCCCAUUACUGGCAGAGCUUUGGAGCCUUAUAUUAGCAGAUGUACAGUCUGUGAAGGUCCUGCCAUGGCCAUAGCAGUUCACAGUCAAACCACUGACAUCCCUUUAUGUCCCGAUGGCUGGAUUUCUCUUUGGAAAGGAUUUUCUUUUGUCAUGAAAACCAACUCCAUCCACUGUGAAAGCUGGAGAGUUAGAGAAGAUAAUCAGUCGCUGUCAGGUCUGCAUGAAGAGAAGAGACUGACAAAAUCACAGAAAAUAAAACUGCCACCUAAGCAGAGAAUAGUAAUUUUUUUUUUAAAUUUGACAAAUGGCAGUAUAGCUGUGCUAUCACAAAAACUCCUUUUUAAGAAUGAAACUACUGUGCUGUGCCACCAGAUUAUUCACAAAAAGCGUUACUACUGUCUUUAGACUUCUGUUGGUUUCAUUAAAGUGCCAAAUAUAUGGUGGUUGAGAUGCAGUUACAUACCCCGUAACAAAUGGAGGGAGGAGUAUGGGUCAAGGUAUCCCUUAGGCUUGUUUACUUCAUCUUGCUCUCCAAAACUCCAGGGAAAGAGCUCUUGGUUCCUCAGGGACAUUUGGAAGACUGUUUAAUAGGCAAAGGUAUCUUGGACAGAAUUGACUCACACCUAUUGAACCUGCUAAAGCCUAGAACAGAAAUGGCCAAUUCAAACCAUUCACAUUUUCUAUCAGCAGAGAGCCCAGGAAUGAUCCAACUCAAGAAGGGAACUAGAGAGCUAAAAUUUAAAGCAUACUGACUCACUGCGUGUCUCAUUGUAACAUUCUCUUAGCUAAAUAUACAAAAGUGCCUUAUUGCCAAAUGCUACAUAAAUUUAAGCUAUCAAAUUAUCAAAGUAGGCAAAACUCUCACCUUUUAAGUACUGAUUUUAAUAGACUAUUUUCCAUCCAUCCUUUGAAAAUAUACUUUCCUUUAACACUUUCUCUAUUAAAUAAAUGCACAAACCACUAGGCACCCCUAUUAGGAAACAGGUGCACUUGUCUUUCCACUUCACUUCCCAACAACUAUGGAAUUAUCAAGAUUACCCAUGGCCAGAAAGGAGAUAGGCCAAUUAGAUAGUCACAGGGAGAGUCAUUAAGGACAGCCUAUGUGCCGCACUGAAAUAUAUGAACUAGUAAAAUAACCCAAAAGUCUUCUAGGACAAACAAGAAGGAUCAUCCAGGAUGAGAAGAUGUGGAGAAGGAGCAAUUUACAGUGGUGAUGAAAAAACCCAUAAUGGACCGGACCAUGGAUAUCAACGAAGUAUCCCUAGAAGUGCCAAUGCUAACUAAUUAAAUUCAGUUACCUAAUCAAUCUUGCUCAAAAUAGGUGUUUUUUGAUGCAAUUUUACAUUCUCACUUGUAGGCUUAUUUUCUUGUUUGUCUUAUUAUAAAAUUCUUUCAUAUGUUAAAAGUAGUUUAUUAAAUUAACUGGCAAUGCAUAUAUAAUAAAAAACAGGGUUCUUGGAUGAGCUUCAAAUGCUCUGCAUAUAAAUAUGUGUGUGUACAUAUAUAUAUAUAUAUACACAUCUAUAUCUAUAUCUAUACAUAUAUAUCUAUAUAUACUCUUAUAAUUAAUACCUGCUAUAGCCACAAAAGAAGAACUAAAUACUGGCUGAGACUCAUCAAGAAUUCCACACUUUUGGUCUUCUGCUGCACUGUCUAGAUCUACCGCCAUGUCUAAAAAUUCAAUAGGCAUGAGAAAAGAAUUUAACACUGACUGCCCUGAUCUGCUCUUGGAGAUCUUGGAGGAGAGGCUCUUGGAGCUGGAUGGAAGCCCUGCCUCCAUGUUCUGGUGGCCUUGUUGACACAUCACAUCAGUUCCCCUAAUUUGUGACAUAUACUCUCACUGGCUCGCCUCAUGCCAAACCCCAAGCCAGAGGAAAGAAAACAACAACAUAAACACAGUUUAUGUAAAACAGGGAGGCAUGAGCCCAAUGGAUAGAAAAUUGGCACUGCUCCCGGGAAGACCUCAGUGCAGGUUCCCUCCUCUGUCACAUGCUGGCUCUUAAACCCAGGGCAAGUCACUUAACCUCUCAGUGCUGUAGGAAACUCCCUAGCUUGCAAAGAUGCCCAACUGCACUGGUGGGAGGAUUUCCCUCGUCAGAGAGUUCCCUGCAUUCAUAGAUUCAGUCACAGACCCUAAUUCUUGUAGAACCAAGCCCUUUAACUUUUCCAUUUUAUCUCCUAAGAAACAUUUCAAUAAAGACAAAAUAUAAAAUGUUUA